AUGUCAAAAAAUUAUUACACAUUAGAAGAUUACAUAUUUUUUAAAAAUAUAUUCGAUACAACACAUGGAACUGAGGUAAAUACAGAUGACAUUAAUAUAUUUCUGAGUCCCCAAUAUAACAGACCUCUUGAUAAUGUUAUUCGUACUACAUUUAUUAAUAAUUGUAAGAGGAUAAAAAAAUAUUUUGAGUAUUUUAAAACAGAAGAUUCAUGUAAUAACUCAGAAUGCUGCAAUUUUAUUAACUAUUGGAUAAACAAAGAAAGUAGAGCAUUAAUGCACAAUGAUUUCAAUAAAAAGUUCUACAUAUUUCGAUAUUUCAUGGAAUAUGUUCAUUAUAAUAAUAAUGACGAUAAAUAUAAUAGAUGUAUAGACGACAUCAAAUAUAUGGAUAAUAAUUUAUAUAAUAAAGUUAAUAAAUUAUAUACUUUGUAUGAAGAUUAUGAUGGUCUUAUAUAUUCUAUUAUAAAAAAUUUUAUAGAUGAAACAUUAUGUGGUUACCUUAAUAAUUUGAUUAAAGAAUAUAAUGAAUUAAUACAGAAUUAUAAUGUAGAAUAUGAUACCUCUUUUGUUAAAGAGUUAAAUAACAUUAGAUGCUUAAUUGAAAAUAUUGAGUGGAAAUCCACUGAUAAUUGCAAGGAACUAUUACCAAGGUUAUCUCAAAAUCCAUAUGCUAAUGAAUAUGAAGAAACAUGUAAAUCUUUAAAAGAAGCUGGUUACAUACAAAGAUAUUCUAAGCGUUUAGAAGCAGAUUUUUUACUUCCUUCCCCUGCUACUAAUACUAGCAUAAAAACUAUAAUAAAAACAUUAUUUAUCAGUAUUAUUGUAGGAGUAAUUUUUUUGGGUCUCUAUAAGUUUACACAGUUCAGAAAGUAUUCAUACCCCAUUAUUCUAAGAAUGCGAAAGAUGUUAACGAAUACAAAUGAUGAAUCAUACGAGAAACAUAUUAGUGAAUAUGAUAAUAGUUCCAUGAAUUCAGAAGAAAAAAUGUAUAACAUUAUGUAUAUUUCUGGAAAGAAAUCCUAA